AUGAUGGCGACAAUAGCCCUUUCUCGGCCGAUUGCACCCCACCGCAACUCAUCCAGCAUAGGCUCUUUGACAUCGACCAUCACGCUCGAUACAUCACAAUGCCCGGCCCCCGUGCCGAACAAGCACAUCCCCGUGUGUCCCCCCGGCCCCGUCCCGCAACAGGAGCCCACAACCCCACCACCGUCCCCCGGUAAGGAAGCCGACGCGCUCCACCAGUCCCUCUUAUUCCCACCCACAGAUUAUGUGCGGCUCGACUCGGGUCGUUCAUGCCUCUACAAGAUCGAUGCUGCCGGAGUGGCAGCGGCUCUGGAUUAUCUGGCUCGUCAACCGCUGCCCGACCCCUCACAGGUCUUCCCUUGGUUACACGGGCUUCAUCCCAACAAUCAGAUCCAGCUUGCUUUCUUCAUCGCCCGCAAGCGUUCUCUGAGGAAGACGCCUGGUUGUCUGCGUGGCAUCACCAUCGUCAAAGCCGAUGGCGAUCUCAACGUCUCCCGUCUCAAGGGGGCUAUCGCGCCUCACGAGUUUCUUCAGCUCGGAAAUGCCACGGCCGAGUUUCUUGAGGCAGAUCCCCGGGAGGGCUUCUCUGUACGCAACUUUCAGAUUCAAGCUGCCAAGGCAGCCAUGACCUCUGAUAUCAUCGUCUAUGGCGAUGAUGAGCUCUCUGUUCGCAAGUUAGGAUUCGAUAUAGCCGGUGCACAGCAACGAUGGCGUGAGAAACAAGAAGCCCAUCGGAAUCCUAUUCCCCAUUACAACACAUUUGUCUGUGUCAGCCCCUUUGGCGAGUUUGAGGAACUUUAUCCCGAGAUUGUGGCCGUCAACUCGUCCGGCCAGCUCACAGGUCAAGUUCUCGACUUCUUCCAUCAAGAACGGAGGGAGAUGUAUGAGAUGACCCGUGCGUCUGAGAUAUCACACAACGUCUGGCUGGGCCCAACCCCAGAUCAGGGGUCUGACGAGGAGCUCUGUUAUGACGUUCUGAUCGAGUGCAACGAUCUGGGUCGUCUCAACCCCGGAGCCUUGCAAGCCAUCGCCGAGGGUACCAAUGAACCGGACCAACAUCUUUCGGAAGCCACCCAGACCUUCCUGGAGUUUCCAUCUUCGGGCAGUAUACUAGCUCCCACCUGGUCGCACGCCGAAGCAGACGGCAUCCUCGAUACGUGCAAAUGGAUCUGGCAUCUUGCCCACGGCACCCUCCCUUCUGCCUUCUCAGCCAGUUCCAAGUUCGAUCAUGAAGAUUCCGAUGGUGAUAUCGACAUGCUCACCUCUGCCCCAUCCACACCCAACAAGCCCAGGAGAAUCCUGAUUCACUGCGCAGACGGGUACACCGAGUCAACCAUGCUCGGGCUCGCGUAUUAUUCCUUUGCCACCUUCCUUCCCAUCCCGGAAGCCUGGCUAGCCCUUCACACAACCCAGCAGCGCAACUUCUUCGCCUACCCCUCUGACGUAGCCCUCCUCACCGCCAUUGCCCCCCGGCUGUUGCAGGAAUCCCCCCUGUUUACCCUCCAGAACCGUACCUUGAGUGAUAUCACGAGUCUCAUUCGCAACGAACCAAAGUGGUUCGCUGGGUUCGACGGCUCCUUUCCCUCCAGGAUCCUAGAUUACAUGUACCUAGGAAACCUCGGCCACGCCAACAACCCGGACUUGCUCAAGUCCCUCGGCAUCGGUCAGAUCCUCUCAGUCGGUGAGCUGGCCAUGUGGCGUGACGGUGAGCUCGAGCAAUGGGGGGAGGAGAACACGUGUGUGGUUCAAGGGGUGCAAGACAACGGAAUAGACCCCCUAACAGACGAGUUUGAACGGUGUCUAGAGUUUAUUGGUAAGUUCCCAUUUGGUUGUUUUUUACCAUCGCCAAAAAUCAAACUAACCAACCCCGCCACAGAACGAGGACGCCGAAACGGCACCGCCACGCUCGUCCACUGCCGCGUGGGCGUCUCCCGCUCGGCAACAAUCUGCAUCGCGGAGGUUAUGAGAUCCCUCCGGAUGAGCUUCCCCCGGGCGUACUGCUUCGUCAGGGCGAGGAGGCUCAACGUCAUCAUCCAGCCUCACCUGCGGUUCGGCUACGAGCUGCUCAAGUGGGAGGAGCAGAACCAAGGGGAGGGCUUCAAGAGGGAGCUGGAGUGGCCCGAGAUUGCGAGAGAGAUUGCCUUGAUGAAUCGACCUUAUGCUCGGUAG